AUGGAAGUCCUGGAAAAGCCGAGUAUCGACAAGCCGUUCUCAGAAAUAUUCCUUACGGAGAGCGACCGCCCACCUUCGUGGAUGGACCCAUUCAUUGAUUACCUCUCCAAAGGCAUUGAACCGUCAGACAAGGUUAUUGCCACCAGGCUCCGCAGACGAGCAACGCUAUACACGGUCCGCGAGGGCAAGUUGUACAGGAAAGGAAGGUCUUUCCCUCUGUUGAAGUGCAUCUCCCUCGAGGAGGGGCUGUGUGUACUUCUUUCCCUGCACAGCGGGGUCUGUGGCAACCAUGCUGGGGCAAGAAACCUAGCCUUCAAGGCACUGCGCACAGGGUACUAUUGGCCCACUAUCGAACAAGACGCAAAGCGUAUCGCUAGGGCCUGCCUCAAAUGCCACCAGUUUGCCAACUCCCCCCUUGCACCAUCAGUACCGCUUUCGAUCAUCAUCGCCCCUUGCGUAUAUUGGCAAUGGGGAUUGGAUUUCAUUGGCAAAUUCCCCACCGCACUCGGACAGCUGAAGUUCGCCAUUGUCGCCGUGGAUUACAACACUGAAUGGGUCGACGCCGAGGCUCUAGCCACGAUCACAGUCGCCAAGGUAAUCAACUUCCUCAGGAAGAACAUUUAUUGCCGAUUCGGAAUCCCUGAAACAAUCAUCACCAAUAACGGUGCCCAGUUCGACAACUAUACACUCAGGGACUUCGUUGGCCAAUAUGGCACCACGAUCCGAUACGCCUCCCCCGCGCAACCACAGACAAAUUGUCAAGUCGAAGCAGUCAACAAAAUUAUCAAGCAAAACCUGAAGAAGAGGCUGGAUGACUCCAAGGGCUUACGAGCAGAGAAAUUACCCGAGGUCCUCUGGGCGAUCAGAACGACCCCCACAGAGGCCAAUGGCGAGUCCCCUUUCUGUAUGUCCUUCGGCUCUGAGGCAGUGAUCCCGGUCGAACAAGAGGUCCAAACCGAUAGAGUGGCAUGCUUCGACGCACUCACCAACUCAGAAGGGCUGAACCUCGAUUCUGACCUCUUGGAAGAGCGUCGAGAGCGAGCCCACCUCCGCAACAUCAACAACAAACAACAUAUAGCCCGAUAUUACAGCGCAAGGGUCAUGCCUUGCCCUUUCUCUGUCGGGGAUUGGAUGAUGAAAGAAAAGAUGCCAACUCCAACGGGGUUGAAAGCCACUGGGGAAGGGCCAUAUGAGAUCACUGUGGCCGUUGGACCCACUACCUUCUACCUGAGGGGAGCAGAUGGUAUCACUCUCCCACAUCCGUGGAACGCCCAACACCUCUGCUACUAUCCCAAGUAG